UUUGUUUUUUUUUGCAGGGACGAGUUUCAGGUGCAGGGCUGGUUGGAGUCUCCCCCUUCCGCGUCUCGCGAGGAAUGAGACUCCGCCGCGCGUCGCCUCUCCGAGCCCGGGCAGCCCCCGCAGUGACGCAGCGAUGGCCGCUACACGCAGGCUGCUGCUGCAGCUGCUGGCCGGCCGGUCCGUGCAGCACCGCUCGCCGGCGGCGGCCCGGGGGAAGCAGGCGGGGCCGCUGAAGCCCCUCGCCGCCGGGGUGUGCGUGGCCGCGGGGGCCGCUUAUCUGUGUUACCGUGCGGUGCACGACGACGGCGAGGGAAACGGCAGGCGGGGGACGGGAGGGCGGCGGCGCCACCUCGGGAGCCGGCAGCUGCGCCCCUCGCUGCCCGCCGUCGCUGCGAAAGAGAAGCCCGUUGCUUUCGACUUUGAGGACGGAGACGUGCACAUGUCCUCUCACGAGUUCAGGUUCCGCACGUUUUGCUCUGUGGAGUACGAAGGCCAGCUGUACAUGACUCCGCAGAAUUUCAUCGAGUCGGUCACGAUGAGCGAGCCCAAGAGCAAGAGGCACUGGAAAUCACUCUCUAAACAGGAACUGGAGAAGAUCCUCUCGGAAACUCCUCCUGUGUGGAAAGGAACGUCAAAACUUUUCCGGAACUUGCAUGAUCAGGGUAUCAUUGCUUACACUGAAUAUCUGUUUCUUCUUUGCAUCUUGACAAAGCCUCACGCGGGUUUUAAAAUAGCUUUCAAUAUGUUUGAUGCCGAUGGGAAUCAGAUGGUGGAUAAAAAGGAGUUUUUAGUGCUACAGGAAAUAUUUCGCAAGAAAAAUGAGAAGAAGGAGCGCAGAGGUGAUGCUGAGAAAUCUGCCCUGCUGAAUUUGCAACUUUAUGGAUAUCAGUAUGCUCCUGUCAGCAGCGUUCUUAAAAAAGAUGCUCAAGAUUGUGCCCCUAGGAGCUACUGGGACAUUCUGAGGCGAAGCACAAGCCAAGUCCUCUUUUCAGACCUUGCAGAGGACUUUAGACUAGAGCGUGCCGAAGAGAACAUGAUGAUAGAUACGACACUGUUGGUGCAUUUCUUUGGAAAGAAAGGGAGGGCUGAGCUGAACUUUGAUGAUUUUUACAGAUUCAUGGACAAUCUGCAGACAGAGGUUCUCGAGAUAGAGUUCCUCACGUACUCCAAAGGGAUGACAACCAUUAGUGAAGAAGACUUUGCUCGUAUUCUGUUGAGAUACACAAAUGUGGAGAACACAAGCAGCUAUCUGGACAACGUGCGCCAAAGAAUUCCUGAUGAAAAGGGGAUCACAUUCGAUGAGUUCAGAUCAUUUUUCCAGUUCCUGAACAACUUGGAAGAUUUUGCAAUUGCGAUGCAAAUGUACAACUUUGCAAACCGGUCAAUCGGUCAAGAUGAGUUCAAGCGUGCAGUUUAUGUGGCCACAGGACUGAAACUCACGCACCACUUGGUGAACACAGUGUUCAAGAUCUUCGAUGUUGACCGUGACGACCAGCUGAGCUACAAGGAGUUCAUUGGCAUCAUGAAGGACAGACUGUACCGCGGUUCUCGGGGGUACAAAACUGUAGAGCGGUACACUACCUUCAAAUCCUGUAUGAAAAAGGAGCUGCUCAGCAGAUAAGCGAAGCCGUCGGGCACACCGUCUGCCUUCGCCGCGUGUGUGCGGGUCCAAGUCCGGAGACAGGUGGGAGAGCUGUGGAGGAGGUUUCAGAAGAAAGUGUGACGGGUUUUUCCAAGACGAACUGACGGGCGCGUUGCCUUUGCACUGUGAUCUCCCGGGAGGCGCAGCCGCUUGACGGCCGAAACCCCGGGGCUUCGCGACUCAGUCUCUCGCCUGGGCUUCAAGCGCGAAGCUGUGCAAUUCUGCUACGCUGGGAGUUCACAAACUAUCUUCUUCAAAAAUAUCUACACCUUAAAUUACGGUUAAGCGAGAACAUUAUUUUGACGUUCCCCCCACAAAGCUUGAUUUCAGCAGUUGUCUUUUCUACUCAAGUUACAUGAUUGCAAAUGAUGAUGAUGGGUUGGUCUCCGCAGAGGGCGUUUGUAAAGAGAACUACCAGCAGAAAAUGUGCCCAGAAUAUUGUGACAUCCGUUUGGAGCAUUUAGAGAUAGUGCUUUAUCGCAGCGUGAUUUUAAUUUGAAGGUAUGGUAAGAAUCGACACGUCCAAGCUCGAAAUUCGUAUUCUCACUUUUGGCAUCUAAAAUUCAGGCAAGACAGAAAGCUAACUGAGGACUUGAAGCUCCUCUGAUGAAUUUUGUAGCGUUUCUGAAAAUGUGCUCGUUGCGGUAUCCCCCUGAACUCAUCCGCUGGGGGGUCUCGAAACGGGGCACCCUUUUGCCUGCUGUUUUUUCCGUGUACCGGCCAGCCCUGUCAGUUUAGAGAAAGUUACAGCAGCAACGUUAAGCUCAGGACCCGCCCGAAUGUGCUGAAUGUUGAACACCGGCGCGUUGGUUAUUAUAUUUAUUUUAAUUAUGCUACAGUUUAAGUGAUUUAUUAAACUUCUAAAGUCUUUUUUUUUACAUAAAACAACCACACAAGAAUGAGUUUUUCUAUGUGCCUUGUUGCUGCUCUGAUGCAAUAUAACAAGGGCAGUUGUCAUUAGUUACAAAGCUUAGCCAGCAUAAAUCCAGAUAGUCUGUCUAUAGGACACACACAUUCCUCACACACAGAGAGCUUAAAGAUCACCACUUAAAGAUCAGCUUUAGAGUCUCGGCACGUUCACUUAUUACAAUGCAAUAUUUAUUUCCUCUCAAGUCUUAAAAUAUUGUUGAAAUUGUUUUGCAUGCAUGUAUUAGAGCACAUGCAAUUUAAAGAACAUAACCAUAUUUUCUAAUAUCUACAGAUUGAUAGAGAUUUUAUCAUUUAAACACUAAAAGUGUGUUUUAGCAUUUGUCUACUGUUUUUGCAUUGUUGCAGUUAUACUUUAGUAUACUGUAUGUCCUUUUAUUUUAUUCUUACAAUUCUGCUGUAGUAUUUGUGUUCUACAUAUUUUAAGGCAUUGUUUCUGCCUCUAGUUUUAAAAUAGAGUCCUCAGUGCUUAUAAGUUUGUAUAAGAGUGCAGAGGUUUGCUCAUUGGCAUAGACGUAUAUUGCUCUGCUACUAUACUUUUUCUGCUAUAUAUCUGCUGUAUGUUUUCUUAACAUCAGCCUUAAAAAACCUAUUAGAAAGUUUUCUUGCACAAACAUUUAUCAGGUAAAAGUACACAUGACAAAAUUACAUUUUAUAUUGGGGUUGGAUACACAUGGUUGUACACACAGAAUUGGACAAAUAAUGGGGAAAUAUAAAUAGAUUUAAGUGCUUCUUUAAGUAUUAGUGUUUAUUGAUACUUUCUCUCUUAAUUUCUCAUAUUCACCAUUUAUAUUUGUUGAGGUCUGUGUCUCACGCAUGUAGCCACCUUUAAAGCAGUGUGAAUUGUAUGCUUUGAAUGCUGCAAAACAUGACAGCUAAACAUUUUAAACGUUUCUUUUACCAUAAAACUGUCACUUUUACAUAAAAAGGAAUGUUACUCCCAAAGUGUGUUGCACUCUCUGCAUGAAUAAAUUAUUUUGAAAGUC